CCGCUGAUUGGUUGUGUCCGUUGCUGCGACGGGGAGUGGGUGGGGGGCAGGAAAAGCGACAUGGCGGCGGAGAGAGGAGAAGGGCCGCUGCAGGAGAUGAUGGAGGUUGACAGGCGGGUAGAGUCAGAAGAGUCAGGAGAUGAUGAAGGGAAGAAGCAAGCAGGUUGCAUAGUAACAGACCUCAGUCAGCAGAGCCUGAGAGAUGAGCAGAAUGGGGAGAACUUAACAGGAGAAGCAGAGACACCAGUCGAUAUGGAGACAAUUAACCUGGACCCGGAAGCUGAGGAUGUUGACCUGAAUCAUUUCCGAAUUGGAAAGAUCGAGGGAUUUGAAGUGCUCAAGAAAGUGAAGACUCUGUGUCUGCGUCAGAAUUUGGUUAAGUGCAUCGAGAACCUGGAACAGCUGCAGACUCUCAGAGAACUGGAUCUCUACGACAAUCAGAUUCGGAAGAUUGAGAACUUAGAGGCCCUGACAGACCUUGAGAUCCUGGACAUCUCUUUUAACUUGCUGCGACACAUUGAAGGACUAGACCGGCUCACCCAGCUUAAAAAACUCUUCCUGGUCAACAAUAAAAUCAGCAAAAUUGAGAACCUGAGCAACUUACAGCAAUUACAGAUGUUAGAGCUGGGAUCCAAUCGAAUCCGGGCAAUUGAGAAUACUGACACACUGACUAACCUGGACAGCCUAUUCCUGGGAAAGAACAAAAUCACCAAGCUCCAGAACUUGGAUGCACUGACAAACUUGACAGUGCUCAGUAUACAGAGCAACCGGCUGACCAAGAUCGAGGGUCUGCAGAACCUGGUGAAUCUGCGUGAGCUGUACCUUAGUCACAAUGGCAUAGAAGUCAUCGAGGGACUGGAGAACAAUAACAAACUUACAAUGCUGGACAUUGCAUCCAAUAGGAUCAAAAAGAUUGAAAAUGUCAGCCAUUUAACAGAGCUGCAGGAAUUCUGGUAUCUGAGCCCUUGGAUGGAGGCUUUGGCUGCAGGACUGGGAAGUAGCUGGACAUGAAAUCAAGCUAGAAUCCAGUAUAGAGGCUUCUUGGACGGUGCUUUUCCAACCCUUGAAUAUAACCUUUCAGAGGCUGUAUUAGUCAGUUUUGUGGUUCCCAUCUGGGCCUACUCAUGCCAGAAUGAACUGCCUUUAUACACCAAAGAGCUCAGGCAUCCUAUGAAGUGUGGCCUACUACAGUCCUCAAAGUGAGACAGUACAGAUUAGCUUGUGUGUGCAAAAUGUGGUGCGAUUCUUUUCAAAUUACUAGACUCUCCCCUUUGAACCAAAUGGAGAAAUUUACAAAGCGUUUUGCUCCCAGAAGAAGAAGUUGCUCCAGCUGCUGGUGUUUCUUCCUCAGGAAGGAAAGGGAGCAACCUAAUUCUAUAGGACUUUGACUUUAUGAAGAGGCCACUACUGAAAUGGAGAGCAGUGCACUGGUAAAGGUCUGCUCCUGAUCUCUAACUCCCUUCCCCAUCUGAGCCUCCAGCUUUCCCGUUUAAUACUCUUUUAACUUGGCCCUAUAUCCCUCCUGAUGGAGAGAACUGGGUAAAAUUCUCUUCAAAGCACAUCAGUGUUGCUCCUACUCUAGUUACAGUUUCAUGAAGCCUGCCUUAAAGAAGUAUUUUUAAUUACCGGUAAUUGCAGGGUUCCAGUUCCUAAAUGCUGUAUGCAUCCUUCUGACCCUAUUCAGUGCCCUAAAUAAAGGGUAUUAAAGUUAGCACAGAUGUAGUAUCACUUGUUAAGUCCAGGAAUGUUGCAGAUAGUUUGUCCUACUCUAACUAGGUAUUUAUAUGGCUCCUGGCACAAUAGUAUAUGAAUGCCUCUCUAUCACCCUUCUGAGUAGGAAAAAAUGACUCCCAUGUUGUGGAUGGGGGUGGGGCGAUUGAGGCACCAACAGAUUGAUUUAUCUGAGGUCACACAGAGACUCUGUGGCAGAGCUGAGAAGUGAUUUCCAGAGGCCCAAUGCAGUGUCUUAACCCCACAACGAUCCUUUGGUGACACACAGCCCCUGUUGUUAGAGCAGCUGUCUUUCCCUGGGGUGGUGGGAAGUAGGCACUUCAAGGAAAAACACUGCUUUUCCACUUCACAACUGCAAUUUUGGGGAAGUUAGGAGUUCAGUGCUGCUUGCCUUGGUUGCAUGAUGUGAGUAGGGUGCAGUGCACUGAAAGAGGUCUGGUCCCUUAUUUUGAGAUUAAAGAUAUUGCUGCUGCUGUAACUUCUUCUGAACCUCCAAGCUCUGCUUGUAGGAGCAAAGGAGAGCUGAAGCUUUCACAUCUGGGGUAGGGGAAUUGUGGCUGCAUAGUAUGCUCCUCCCUUCCUCUGACACCCCCACUGGAAUUCAGCCGGGAUCUAAAUGUGGGACAAUGUUAAUAACACCGAAUGAUGUGUUUGCAUCCCUCCCCCUUGCCAACUGUGGUUCAAAGUACUGCCAGCUGCUGCAUACUGUCUACAGUGACAUGCAUGGAGUCUCUGUGCUAUGGAAGUCACCCUGCCUUCCAGUGGGUGUAUUUUGGGCAGCAGCGUUCGAAGGAGCUGAGCUGUCAAGAGACCACAGUUAGCCCUGUGUGGAUUUGGUUGCAGUGGGGGGGUAUGAGGCCUCUGUUGUAGAUGGCAUUGAGAUCUGAGCAGGCCUUAGGUUUAUAGCUUGAACCAUGCAGCCUCUUCUGUGAGAGUCAGACUGCCUCCCAAUGGAGACACGAGAGGAAACCUUCUGAAGCGAGGCUCACAGCAUUUCCACACCCCUAUGUCCUGCCUAGGAGAGGUUGGUGCCCUUAGACUGGAGAGCUCAAGCUUUGCCUUGUCAGGCAGGGGCUGGCUUUAGGGGAACAAUAUUAAAGGGGAACCUGUGAAGCUAUCCUUGAGGCCAAAACUGCAGCAAUGUGCUGAAGGACAAGUCACGAGGGAGUGGGGUUUGCAGUGAGUAAGACAUUCCUGUGAUGCUCUGUAGACAAGAGAGAGCCAAUAGGUGGCAUUUCCAUGGUACAUUAAAACCUGUUGAGUUGAAUUCUGGUUACACAUUACCAGGGGGCGGGUGUUGUGGUAGAUAUUGCUGAAGAAUAACUGUGCUUGGAGUAGGGAACAGAGAAGGCUCAGCAAGGCUUCACAUUGAGGAAGCUCAUAUGGUGUCAUUCUUUCUAGCUAGAUUAAUAGAAUUAUAGAAUAUUAGGAU